CGGUAGCCUCUAGUCUCGCGAUACUUCCUUGCGAGCGAAGAGCGUCACAGUGCUUAGUGUCGGAGCUCUCUUCCCUUCUCCCUUCUUCCCGGCGCUCGGCGCAGACUCCGGAGCGCACGGCCCGAGCAUCAUGACGUCGGCCUUGGAGAACUACAUCAACCGUACAGUUGCUGUAAUUACAUCUGAUGGCAGAAUGAUUGUGGGAACACUAAAAGGUUUUGAUCAGACCAUCAAUUUGAUUUUGGAUGAAAGCCAUGAACGAGUGUUCAGCUCUUCUCAGGGAGUAGAGCAAGUGGUAUUAGGGUUAUACAUUGUAAGAGGUGAUAAUGUUGCAGUCAUUGGAGAAAUUGAUGAAGAGACAGACUCUGCCCUUGAUUUGGGAAAUAUUCGAGCAGAACCUCUAAACUCAGUAGCACACUGAUAACCUAUAUACUUUGGACUUUUGUAAAUCUUUUGACUGUACAGAUCUACUUAUUCUGAGGAUAAUGUGCAGAAUUUUUACAAAUUGCGAUAUCUACAUUUUUACUCAUUUUGUGAGUGUUGCAGUUUGAUAUGUAAAUUAAAAUAUUUCUACAUUUUGCAUUUUAUUGUAAGUUUUUUUAAUAUUGUAUAAACAUCUAUUAGUGACUAAUAUUCAUAAUGUGGGGAAUUUUAUUAAAAAAUGGUACUUUUGACAUUUUAUAACAUAUAUAGGGAAAGUUGUAAGCUGAAAUUUUUCCACCACUUAAAUCAGGCAUACAUAUAUUAAUAUCACCAGUGGGCAAUGAAAAAUUGGACCUAAUUGAGGUAACAUCUACCUGGAGUUCCUCAAAUUAAAUUUUUUACUAUCACUAGCAGUGGUUUAUUUCUGCAACUGCUAUUUACUGAUAGUUCUUAUAGCUUCCUGUAAUAGUUAGGAUUCAAUCUGGGUUUAAAUGAAAGAGAAAAUGAUAAUGAGAGAGAGAUUUCAGAGCAAAGAUAGUGAAUUGAAAAGUACAAAUGAGUAGGAGACACAAGGUUCAAGAAUUGUUAAGUUUGGUAUGAAUAAUUUGCCUGAAGUAUAUUUUAAAUAUGGCCUUACUGUGUUCAAAUUAUCUUGAUGUUGAUAAAAUUGAUCUGACUGAGCAAAUGUUAUUUUAUAAAUGUCAGUAAAUGAAAAUUUGUUUAUAUCCACUCAAAGCUUGCUGUCAUUGAAUAACUUCCAACAGUUUUCUCCAACACAUUGAGUGUCAACAGAAUAUUUAAAGGUAAAUUUUCUAUGUUAGUACAUUAGUCAUUUAUGUGUGAAUUAAUAAUUUGAAGUCUAGAAAAUCCCCAACUUAAAAAUUAAUUGUGAUAAAAAAGUUCUUUUAUUGGUAUAAAAAUUUUGUGAUGUAAAGUUUUAAAUAGCUUUUCAUAGAAAUAAUGGAUGAUACAAGAAGUCGUUACAUUCCUAGGUUAGCCUACAGAUGCCCAUAAAGAGCUGAAAUUUUUCAGUGGGAAAAUAGAAAAUAUUAUACUGUAUCUUGAAGAAAAGUCUUAGAGGGUGAAUAUAAAUGACUUUGACAUUUUCAAGAGCUUUAGAGGAGGAUGGGAGCAAUGAUUGUGUAUUUUUGCUAUUCCUAACCUUUGGUACAAGUGUUUGUAUCUAUUCUUCAAGAAUAUGUAAUUAGUUCAUCAGUGCACGAAAUAACAUCCAGUGCUGGGACUUAGGCUUAACCUAGUGAUGCAUCACAGCUAAUUUGGUUCUGCUGAGCCCACAUUAGGUUCCUCUCCAAUUUGGUUAAGAAUUGCUGAAGGUUGUACUUUGCUACCAGAGGGUCUGAGAAACUAGGCCAACCUCCACACCAAAAUAAGACUUGGAAUAUACUUGACACUGAACAGUGACUUUCUGGAUCACAAAUGGAACAAAGAAGAGAGAGGUUUUUGCUGAUAUAAGCAGGAAACCAGAAGAGAGUAUGACAGAGGAUGUAUAUUUACAAAACACAGUUUUCAAUGUAAUGAAAUGAUCUAUGAACACUAAGAGAGGAGAGAUGGGAACAUGCCUUAUUCCCCUUAAAAAAAGAAAGGAGGGACAGCUAGGUGGCCCAGUUGAUAAAG